AUGACGCAACCGACUUUGCAUUGGCCAAUCCAAGCGCUCUCUCACGACAGACUCCUCCUCGAGAACCGGCUGGUCUCGCAUCUCUACCAUUGCCCCUUCGACUUUGUCCACAUGGAAGGAGACGCUGGACUCCAGGCGCUGAACGGCUUCAUCUUUAUUGUCUCCUGUGACGGAGAGGUCUUUUCCGCCUCCAGAACCGUGGAAUACUAUCUCGGAUUCCAUCAGACACCAAGACUUCGGGUAGGAAUAGACUUGUGGCCGCUGGCCGAGUCGGCCAGAAGGCGGAGGUCAACCUCCAGAGUGAAGCUGCGGCCUGACCUCGGUCCACCUGCUAUAAAAAAAGAGAAAAAUUUGCAAGGAACCCAAUUAAAAAGACGUAAAAAGGUUAACUCAGAUAAGGGAAGUCAAGUGAGUAGGAUGCACCAUUUGAGAGAUUGGGAGACCGAUUGUGGUCUCGACUUUCCCUCAAAACUGGGCAAUAUAAAGGAUGGCAAAUCGGUAGAUGAACGACUUGCUUUAUUCGUUCGAGGCAAGAGUGCGCAGCACUUAUCCUUUGACGACCUGACAAGCAUUUUGUAUUGGCGUGCCGUUCAACUGGUUGGAGGGAAUUCGCUAAUUAGUCCCACCAGGAACCGUAAGAGGAUCGCUUUGGAGGAGUGA